GGCGGCGGCGGCCGCGGCGGCGGCAGCAGCAGCAGGCGGCGGCGGCGGCGGCUAUGGGGGCCCGUCCUCGGGGCUCGGGGCGCUGAGCUCCCCCCGGCAGCAGCGGCAGCAGCAGGGCGGCGGCGGCGACAUGAUGAUGGGCCCCGGCGGCGGCGGGGCCGCGAGCCUCAGCAAGGCGGCCGGCGGCGCGGCGGCGGCGGGGGGCUUCCAGCGCUUCGCCGGCCAGAACCAGCACCCGUCGGGGGCCACCCCGACCCUCAACCAGCUGCUCACCUCGCCCAGCCCCAUGAUGCGGAGCUACGGCGGCGGCUACCCCGACUACAGCGGCCCCGGCGCGCCGCCGCCGGCGCAGCCCCAGCCCCCGUCCCCGGCGGCGGCGGGCGGCCCGCAGGCGGCGGGCAUGGGCUUGGGCAAGGACAUGGGCGCCCCGUACGCCGCCGCCGGCCCGGCCUGGGCGGCCGCGCAACAAAGGAGCCACCCGGCCAUGAGCCCCGGCGCCCCGGGCCCCGGCAUGGGCAGACCGCAGAUGCCGCCUCAGUAUGGACAGCAAGGUGUGAGCGGUUACUGCCAGCAGGGCCAGCAGCCAUAUUACAACCAGCAGCCGCAGCCCCCGCACCUGCCCCCGCAGGCGCAGUACCUGCCCUCCCAGUCCCAGCAGCGGUACCAGCCGCAGCAGGACAUGUCUCAGGAAGGCUAUGGAACUAGGUCUCAACCUCCUCUGGCUCCUGGGAAACCUAACCAUGAAGACUUGAACCUGAUUCAGCAAGAAAGGCCGUCAAGUUUACCAGACCUGUCGGGCUCCAUCGACGACCUCCCCACGGGAACGGAAGCCACGCUGAGCUCCGCGGUCAGUGCUUCGGGCUCAACGAGCAGCCAAGGGGACCAGAGCAACCCGGCCCCGUCGCCUUUCUCCCCGCACGCAUCCCCCCGCCUCUCCGGCAUUCCCGGGGGCCCGUCGCCGUCUCCGGUGGGCUCGCCUGUAGGAAGCAGCCAGUCACGGUCAGGCCCCAUCUCUCCUGCAAGUAUUCCAGGCAGCCAGAUGCCCCCCCAGCCACCUGGGAGCCAGUCAGAGUCGAGUUCCCACCCUGCGCUGAGCCAGUCACCAAUGCCACAGGAGAGAGGUUUCAUGGCAGGCACACAAAGGAACCCCCAGAUGUCUCAGUAUGGGCCUCAGCAGACAGGCCCGUCCAUGUCGCCGCACCCCUCUCCUGGGGGCCAGAUGCAUCCUGGGAUGAGCAGCUUUCAGCAGAGCAACUCGAGUGGCUCGUACGGCCCGCAGAUGAGCCAGUAUGGACCACAAGGUAACUACUCCAGACCUCCUACGUAUAGUGGGGUGCCCAGUGCAAGCUACAGCGGCCCAGGGCCUGGUGUGGGCAUCAAUGCCAACAGCCAGAUGCACGGGCCAGGGCCAGGCCAGCCGUGCGGUGCUAUGCCCCUGGGACGAAUGCCAUCAGCCGGGAUGCAGAACAGACCGUUUCCUGGAAACAUGAGCAGCAUGACCCCCAGCUCUCCUGGCAUGGCGCAGCAGGGCGGGCCAGGAAUGGGGCCGCCGAUGCCGACCGUGAACCGUAAGGCCCAGGAGGCAGCCGCCGCAGUGAUGCAGGCUGCUGCCAACUCCGCACAGAGCAGGCCACCAUACAUUAGGUCGCCUGCUUAUCCCAGCCAGUCUGGGGCUGGCGGACGCCCCCUGUUUUCUUCCCAGCACCCCAACUAUGGCAACUCUCAGGCUCCCAUGAUGCACCAGCCUGACCAGUACGGGCAGGGCAGCUUCCCGGGCAUGAACCAGAGCGGCCUCAUGGCUUCCAGCUCUCCCUACAGCCAGCCCAUGAACAACAGCUCGGCGCUGAUGAACACGCAGGCAUCGCCCUACAGCAUGACGCCCAACAUGGUCAACAGCUCCACAGCAUCUAUGGGUCUUGCAGAUAUGAUGUCUCCUGGCGAGUCCAAGCUGCCGCUGCCUCUCAAAGCCGACGGGAAGGAAGAAGGCGCUGCGCAGCCCGAGAGCAAGGCGAAGGAUAGCUACAGCUCUCAGGGUAUUUCUCAGCCCCCCACCCCAGGCAACCUGCCAGUCCCCUCCCCAAUGUCCCCCAGCUCUGCUAGCAUCUCCUCAUUUCAUGGAGAUGAGAGCGAUAGCAUUAGCAGCCCAGGCUGGCCCAAGACUCCAUCAAGCCCUAAGUCCAGCACCUCUACCACCACCGGGGAGAAGAUCACCAAGGUGUACGAGCUGGGGAGCGAGCCGGAGAGGAAGCUGUGGGUGGACCGCUAUCUGACCUUCAUGGAGGAGAGGGGCUCCCCAGUCUCCAGCCUGCCCGCCGUGGGCAAGAAGCCGCUGGACCUGUUCCGGCUCUACGUCUGCGUCAAAGAGAUCGGAGGCUUGGCCCAGGUUAAUAAAAACAAGAAGUGGCGUGAGCUGGCAACCAACCUGAACGUUGGCACGUCGAGCAGCGCGGCGAGCUCCCUGAAGAAGCAGUACAUCCAGUACCUGUUCGCCUUCGAGUGCAAGAUCGAGCGCGGGGAGGAGCCGCCGCCCGAGGCCUUCAGCGCCGCCGAGACCAAGAAGCAGCCCAAGCUGCAGCCGCCCUCCCCCGCUAAUUCAGGAUCCUUGCAAGGCCCCCAGACCCCCCAGUCCACUGGCAGCAAUUCGAUGGCAGAGGUUCCAGGUGACCUGAAGCCACCGACUCCGGCCUCCACCCCUCAUGGACAGAUGACCCCAAUGCCAGGUGGAAGAAGCAGUACAGUCAGCGUGCACGACCCGUUCUCAGACGCGGGCGACUCAGCGUUCCCGAAACGGAACUCCAUGACUCCGAGCGCCCCGUACCAGCAGGGCAUGAGCAUGCCCGACGUGAUGGGCAGGGUGCCCUACGAGCCCAACAAGGACCCCUUUGGCGGGAUGAGAAAAGUGCCUGGAGGCAGCGAGCCCUUCAUGUCGCAGGGCCCGAUGCCCACGAGCAGCAUGCAGGACAUGUACAGCCAGAGUCCCUCCGGCACCAUGUCCGGCCUGGGCAUGGGGCAGCGGCAGCAGUUCCCCUACGGAGCCACCUACGACCGGAGGCAUGAACCCUACGGGCAGCAGUACCCGGGCCAAGGCCCACCCUCAGGACAGCCGCCGUACGGAGGACACCAGCCGGGCCUGUACCCGCAGCAGCCGAACUACAAGCGGCACAUGGACGGCAUGUACGGCCCCCCCGCCAAGCGCCACGAGGGCGACCUGUACGGCGUGCAGUACGGCGGCCAGCAGCCCGACGUGUACAACCAGUACGGCGGCUCCUACUCCGGGCCCGAGCGCCGGCCCCUGCAGGGCCAGUACGCCUACCCGUACGGCCGCGAGCGGGUGCAGGGCCCCGGCCAGAUGCCGCCGCACGGCCUCCCCCCGCAGAUGCUGGGCGGCCCCCUGCAGCCGGCCUCCGGGGACGGCCCGCAGCAGGGCCUGUGGGCGGCGCGCAACGACAUGCCUUACCCCUACCAGGCCCGCCAGGGCCCCGGCGGCCCCGCCCAGGCGCCCCCCUACCCGGGCAUGAGCCGCACGGAUGACAUGAUGGUCCCCGACCAGAGGAUAAACCACGAGAGCCAGUGGCCCUCCCACGUGGGCCAGCGCCAGCCUUACCUGUCCUCGUCGGCCUCCAUGCAGCCCAUCACGCGCCCGCCCCAGCCGGCCUACCAGCCGCCGCCCUCCCUGCCCAACCACAUCUCCCGCGCGCCCAGCCCCGCCGCCUUCCCGCGCGCCCUGGAGAGCCGCAUGUCCCCCAGCAAGUCCCCCUUCCUGCCCGCCAUGAAGAUGCAGAAGGUCCUGCCCGCCGGCCCCGCGCCCCAGGCCUCGGGGCCGCCCCCCCAGCCGCCCCCGAUCCGCAGGGAGAUCACCUUCCCGCCCGGCUCCGUGGAGGCGUCCCAGCCGGUCCUGAAGCAGAGGCGGAAGAUCACCUCCAAGGACAUCGUCACCCCGGAGGCGUGGCGUGUGAUGAUGUCCCUGAAGUCAGGGCUCUUGGCUGAAAGUACCUGGGCUUUGGACACCAUAAACAUCCUCCUGUACGAUGACAGCACUGUGGCCACGUUCAACCUCUCCCAGUUGUCCGGCUUUCUGGAACUGUUAGUCGAGUACUUCAGGAAAUGCCUGAUCGACAUUUUUGGAAUUCUCAUGGAAUACGAAGUGGGAGACCCCAGCCAAAAAGCACUUGACCACAACGCAGUGAAGAAAGAUGAGGCCUGGGCCGCCGAGUGUGGGGGAGAGGAGGACGCUGCAGAAUGCAUGGAGGAGGACGAGGAGGAGGAGGAGGAGGAGGAGGCCGAGGAAGAAGACGGUGCCAAGGCCGAGGCGGGGGCCGAGGGGAAGGGCGGCGCGGCCCUGAGCCCCUCGGACGCUGUGGCCGAGCCAAAGGAGAAGCCCCAGCAGGCCAGCAAGUUCGACAAGCUGCCCAUCAAGAUCGUCAAGAAGAACAACCUGUUCGUGGUGGACCGCUCGGACCGGCUGGGCCGCGUGCAGGAGUUCAGCAGCGGGCUCCUGCACUGGCAGCUGGGCGGCGGGGACACCACGGAGCACAUCCAGACGCACUUCGAGAGCAAGAUGGAGAUCCCGCCGCGCCGUCGGCCGGCGCCCGCCCCAGGGCCCAGGCCGGAGCCCGAGGGCCAGGCCGAGCCGGAGGAGCAGCCGGAGAAGAGCAUCAUCGCCACCAUCGACGACGUCCUGUCGGCGCGGCCGGGCGCGCUGCCGGAGGACGCCCACCCCGGGGCGCCGCCCGACAAGUUCCCGUUCGGCAUCCACCAGGCGCGGAGCCACCGCAACAUCCGGCUGCUGGAGGACGAGCCGCGCAGCCGCGACGAGACGCCGCUGUGCACCGUGGCGCACUGGCAGGACUCGCUGGCCAAGCGCUGCAUCUGCGUGUCCAACAUCGUGCGCAGCCUGUCCUUCGUGCCCGGCAACGACGCCGAGAUGUCCAAGCACCCGGGCCUGGUGCUCAUCCUGGGCAAGCUCAUCCUGCUGCACCACGAGCACCCCGAGCGCAAGCGGGCGCCGCAGACCUACGAGAAGGAGGAGGACGGGGACAAGGGGGCGGCCUGCAGCGAGGACGAGUGGUGGUGGGACUGCCUCGAGGUCUUGCGGGACAACACGCUGGUCACGCUGGCCAACAUCUCCGGGCAGCUGGACCUGUCUGCGUACACGGAGAGCAUCUGCCUGCCCGUCCUGGACGGCCUGCUGCACUGGAUGGUGUGCCCCUCCGCCGAGGCGCAGGACCCCUUCCCCACGGUGGGGCCCAACUCCGUGCUGUCGCCGCAGAGGCUCGUGCUGGAGGCGCUGUGCAAGCUCAGCAUCCAGGACAGUAACGUGGACCUGAUCCUGGCCACGCCGCCCUUCAGCCGGCAGGAGAAGUUCUACGCGACGCUGGUGAGGUACGUGGGCGACCGCAAAAACCCGGUCUGCCGGGAGAUGUCCAUGGCGCUCCUGUCGAACCUGGCCCAGGGGGACACGCUGGCCGCGCGGGCCAUCGCCGUGCAGAAGGGGAGCAUCGGGAACCUGAUCGGCUUCCUGGAGGACGGCGUGACCAUGGCGCAGUACCAGCAGAGCCAGCACAGCCUCCUGCACAUGCAGCCGCCGCCGCUGGAGCCGCCCAGCGUGGACAUGAUGUGCCGCGCGGCCAAGGCGCUGCUGGCCAUGGCCCGCGUGGACGAGAACCGCUCCGAGUUCCUGCUGCACGAGGGCCGGCUGCUGGACAUCUCCAUCUCGGCCGUGCUGAACUCGCUGGUGGCGUCCGUCGUCUGUGACGUUCUCUUCCAGAUCGGGCAGUUAUGACCCCGGCGAGGAGGCCGCCGCGAGACUGGGCUCCGCACGCCGGCUGUUUCCGUUCCGCUUCUCCGGCGCAGCGAGAAGGAAGAGAGAACGUGCGCUCCUCUGCCCCGAUCAUAGCUACCGAUUGGGAAUUAAAGAGAUAAUUAAUUCGAACAGAUAUGAAAUUAAUAUUUGCUGUCUGUGUGUAUAAAUACAUCUGUUGGGUUUUUUUAAUUUUUUUUUUUUUUAACCAAAGUUGCUGUCCAGUGCAUUCAGAGGUCACUUUUUGUUUUUCACAGAUUUCUUUCUGAUGUUCUUUCUUUUCCAUGUUGUAUUGCAUUUUUGGGGGGAAGCAAAUUGACUUUAAAGAAAAAAGUUGUAGCAAAAGAUGCUAAGAUGGGAAGUUUUCACCACACUGAGGCAAAAAGGUGGACACCCAUCCCCGUCCCAGGCCUGUUGUCCUUCAGAUGAUGCGACAAAGCUGUCCCCUCGCCCACAGCUCUGUGCAAUAGAAACUGCCAGAAGGGUAGGCUCGGGGCUCACCGAGGCGUGCCCGUCAGCAGUCAGGCUGGGAGCGACACUGGUUCCUCCACAGGAGCGUGGUCACCGUAGCUAGGAGCAGUCCUGAUGGGUUUUUAAGUUAAGGUUGGAAAUACGUACCGGACAACUAUCAACGGAAAUUGCUUCCUCACCACUACGUCAUGUCUGCUGUCUCUUUGACCUUCCACAUGACAGUUCUUCACAAUUCCUUUAAUCAUUUUUUAAAUAUUUUUUUUUACCGCCUAUGGGCUGUGAUGUAUAUAGAAGUUGUACAUUAAACAUACCCUCAUUUUUUUUUCUGUUUUUUUCUUUUUUUUUUUUUUUUUUUUUUUUUAGUACAAAGUUUUUAGUUUCUUUUUCAUGAUGUGGUAACUACAAAGUGAUGGUAGAUUUUAAAUAAUUUUUAUUUUAUAUAUUUUUUCAUUAGGGCCAUAUCUCAAAAAAAAAAGAAAAAAUACAAAAACAAAAACAAAAAAAAAAGAGGGUAAUGUACAAGUUUCUGUAUGUAUAAAGUCAUGCUCUAUUUCGGGAGAGCAGCUGAUCACCAUUUGCUUCAUGAAUCAAGGUGUGGAAAUGGUUGCGUACGGAUUGAUUUAGAAAAUGGUCACCAGUUACAGACAAAAAAGAGAAAAAUACAAAUAAAAGGAAGAAAUACAACUUCAAAGAUUUUUCAGUGACGAGAAUCCACAUUUGUAUUUCAAGAUAAUGUAGUUUAAAAAAAAAGAAAAAGAAAAAAAUCUUGAUGUAAAUUCCUCCUUUUCCUCUGGCUUAAUGAAUAUCAUUUAUUCAGUAUAAAAUCUUUAUAUGUUCCACAUGUUAAGAAUAAAUGUACAUUAAAUCUUGUUAA